AUGAUUGUCUUAAAUUAUAUAGCGGCGUUUGCAACCGUGAGUGCAACUCUCACAAAACAAGAAACUAAGAGCCCACUAGAUAUAGACCUUUUCUAUGGCACCGAAAACGGUGGUAAUGUGUUCCCUGGUGCAACCCGGCCAUUCGGUAUGGCGAAAGUUGGAGUCGAUGUGUUGGACACGGAGUUUGGAAAUGCCUAUUCUGGAUAUGCACCAGGCGGUGUUGUUACAGGUAUUUCAAUGAUGCACGAAAGUGGAACUGGAGGAGCACCGGAGUAUGGGGUUGUGGCACAGUUGCCAUUCACUGCCAAGUUUGACCACACUACCCAAAUGACAUUGACAAGACAGCAAUCGGACACUGCAAAAGUUGGGUACUAUGCUGUCAACUCGAGUGGUGUUGAUAUAGAAGCGACUGCUGGUGAGAGAUUUGGAAUCUUGAAAUACAACUUUAAAGACAACAACGGCAGUGCCCAAGUUUUGAUCAAUGUAUCGCAUCACUUGACAGCUCCCGAUAGGCCCUGGUGGACACAGUAUUUUGUCAACGGAUCAAUUGAAGCGACAACAGAAGGUUAUACUGGCUAUACAACUAUAAAAGAUGGUUGGGGCGAUCAAGCGCCGUGGACGGUCUACUUUUGUUCCAACUUUUCACAAGCGGCUGAUUCGGUUUCCAGAUUUGACAAGAAUGGAGUUACAAAAGACCAAAAUUUAGCUUCCUCAACGACUCAAGAUGAUUCGUUUGGCCUUGUGUUUGAUUUUGGCAACCAAGUCGAUGAAGUCGUCAGUCAUGUUGGUAUAUCAUUCAUUUCAACAAACCAAGCCUGCAGCAACAUCAACCACGAGCAAGGGUUUGAGGAACUAGUUGAAGAAACACAAACAGUUUGGCAGGAUGAGGUGUUUAAGAAGUUUGAAUUGGCUGGCGACAGUGACAAGAUCGACCAGUUUUACACAAACUUGUAUGGAACUCACCUCAUUCCAAGCAACAAAACGGGAGAGAAUCCGAGCCCUGGAUGGACAUCAUCACAAGUCUACUACGAUGAUUACUUCACCGUUUGGGACACGUUCCGUUGCCUCAAUCCGUUGUUGAACCUAGUCAACCCCACAAGAGGAUCCGAAAUUGUGCAAUCGUUGGUUAAUAUCUAUUCCAACGAAGGAUGGACUCCCGAUGGCCGCUCUGCCAACCAGAAUGGAAGAGUUCAAGGUGGGACCAACUCCGAUAUUGUUAUGGGUGAUGCAGCCCUAAAAGGAUUAGAGAAUAUUGAUUGGGAGACUGCAUAUUCGGCGAUGAAGAAGAAUGCUGAAAUGCAACCGCCUUAUUGGUAUGAUCUGUUUGCCCCUGACGCUUCCACUAAACAAGGGAGAGGAGCUCUUCCUGAUUGGUUGGUGUACGGCUACGUAACUAGGAAUUAUACAAGGUCUGUGAGUCGUACCAUCGAGUAUGCUUAUGAUGAUUUUGCCUUGAGCCAAGUUGCAAAAAAAUUGGGCAAGCAAGACGACUAUGACAAGUAUCUUACUCGCUCGGCCAACUGGCAAAAUAUUUGGAACAAAAAUGCUUCUGCUGAUGGGUACAACUACACUGGGUUUAUCCAGCCACGCAACGCUGAUGGUUCUUUCAAUUCAACAAAUUACGACCCUUUCUCGUGCGGCAGUUGCUAUUGGGGUGAUGAUGAAUACGAAGGAAAACCGGUUGAAUAUGGGUUUGCUGUGCCUCAUGACAUUGAGUCCUUGAUUUCUUUAAUUGGCGACAACGACACUUUUGUUCAGCGUAUCAAUGAUUUAUACCCAUUGCAUGGAAAGAAAAUAGCUGAUGUUGGUAAUGAGCCCAGUUUUCUCACUCCGUUCUUGUUCAACUUUGUCAACCAGCAGUAUAGAUCAGUGGAGUUGGUCAAUUACAUCUUAACCAAUGAUUUCAAGCUGGGAAGCAAAGGGUUGCCGGGAAACUCCGAUGGAGGAGCCAUGCAAGCGUGGGUUAUUUUCAGUUUAAUGGGUUUGUAUCCAGUUGCAGGAACCACCACAUAUUUAAUCACUUCACCCUCGUUGAGCAGCAUCAAGUUGCAUUUGGACAAUGGCGCUACUUUUGAAAUCAAAGCCAACAAUUUGUCAGAAGAUAACAUUUACGUGCAAAGCUUGAAGGUGAAUGGCCAAGAUUGGAGCCAAAACUGGGUUGACCACGACACUGUUUUUGGCGCAAGUGGGGGUUCAAUUGAGUUUGAGUUGGGCAGUGAGGCCAAAGUGUGGGAAUCAGGCGAUGCUCCCCCAAGUGUUGGCCACUAUGAGCAUUAG